AUGAAUGUGAAACAUUUGUUGACUAAUUUCAUAACCGACACUGUAAUAAAUGAUGCUUAUAUGGAACAGAAAGUAAACUGUGUAAAGCAAUCUCUAAACAUCAAUCAACGACAUCGACCAAUAUCACUCUAUGAUUAUCAGCCUUCAUCGACGACCACUUGUGUCGAUUAUUAUAGUCCUUUAUUAAUUACUGGCAGUUUUGCUGAAGGCUUGAGUGUACCACCAAUGUUCGGCACUAAAUGUAGAAUGGAUAUAUCUGAUUUUGAUAUCAUUCGUGUCAUACCACUUUUAACAUGUGAUUUAAAACCUUCAUGUGAUAAAACAACGUUUCUUGUAGAUACACGGUACACACACAGUGGUUAUUGUCAUUUGAUCUUUGAUUUAAACGCCACCAACAUUGAAGACGUAAAAACCGUCGAAUCAAUGACAGAUCAAACUUUACGAUCAUAUCCAUUUGCAAAUGGUGCAAUUAUCUACUGCCUUCCAUCUUCACCGUUACCUCAAUCAUGGUUAUCAGUGAUUGACUGUCCGACCGCGGAAAGACAUGGACCAGCACAGCAAAUUAAUUUACAAUUUAUAACAUCAGGACUGAAAGCGAUAUAUUCACACGAUUCUGUUAUUGCUUUACAUUGUCUCUCGUGGCCGAUUCAAGAAUGGAUUGAACGCCAGCGUUCAAA